AUGGCGGCGGCCGCGGCGGCGGCGCUGCGGGCCUGGUUCUGGAAUGAGCGGUUCUGGCUGCCGCGCAACGUGACGUGGGCGGACCUGGCCGGGGAGCCGGGCCCGCCGGGCAGCGGGCUGCAGUACCCGCGGGCGGGCCACGUCCUCUCCGCUUUCCCGCUGGCGCUCGGCAUCUUCGCCGUGCGGCUGCUCUUCGAGAGGUUUAUUGCCAAGCCAUGUGCCAUAAACCUUGGCAUUCAAGACAGUGGACCUCACAGAGCCCAGCCCAAUGCAAUUUUAGAGAAAGUGUUUACAUCCAUCACUAAGUCUCCAGAUGGAAGAAGGUUAGAAGGCUUGUCAAAGCAGCUAGACUGGGAUGUUCGAAAGAUCCAGCGCUGGUUUCGUCAUCGGAGGAACCAGGACAAACCCACCACCCUCACUAAAUUUUGUGAGAGCAUGUGGAGAUUUACAUUUUAUUUAAUUAUAUUUUUUUAUGGAAUCAGGUUUCUCUGGACGGCACCCUGGUUUUGGGACACACGACAGUGCUGGUACAACUACCCUUUUCAGCCUCUAACAUCCAGGCUUUAUUAUUACUAUAUCUUGGAGCUGGCCUUCUAUUGGUCUCUCAUGUUUUCUCAGUUUACAGACAUUAAACGGAAGGACUUCCUGAUCAUGUUCGUACAUCAUUUGGCUACAAUUGGACUCAUUACAUUCUCUUAUAUGAAUAAUAUGGUGCGGGUUGGAACGCUGGUGCUCUGCCUCCAUGAUGCAUCAGAUUUCCUUUUAGAGGCUGCAAAGCUAGCCAAUUAUGCCAAGUACCAACGUCUAUGUGAUGCUUUCUUCAUGCUCUUUGGUGUCGUGUUCAUUGUCACACGGUUGGGCAUUUAUCCUUUCUGGAUUUUGAAUACAACCCUGUUUGAAAGCUGGGAGUUGAUUGGUCCUUAUCCUUCAUGGUGGCUAUUCAAUGGGCUUUUGAUAACCUUGCAGAUCUUGCAUAUCAUCUGGUCUUAUCUCAUCAUUCGCACUGCCUACAAGGCCCUCGUGCGGGGAAAGAUUGGAGCUGGACAGUUUCAUCCUUUGCAUGUAUCAAAAGAUGACCGCAGUGAUGUAGAGAGCAGCUCUGAAGAGGAGGAUGUGACUUCCAACAGCACAAAAGGAGUUUUCAGCACUUCGAGUAACGGCUCCAACCGCAUUAAUGGCCACGUGGCUAGUGGCCAGUGGACAGAAGAGGAGUAAGGCUGUGGACUGGCCUUGAGCAGACACGAACUUAUCUUUAAAUAUCUAGAUGUGUUGAGCUCCACAUUCCCAAGUGAUCUUUAAUCAAGAUACCCCUUCCCCAGAAACCUCCAGCAAAUCUGAAAUGGGCACAAUCCAGACCAGUCAGAGGCUUUGCACAACAGAAGGGAUAAAGCCAAUGACUAGCUGCAGAUUUCACUUUAAGCCAUUUUGUACUUAAAUCUUAGUCCCAUCGAUAUUUGCAGAGGUAUCUUUGUUUGUGACAAACUGGUUUUUACUAGGAUCAACUCAAGGCGGAACAAGUUUGGACUGGGCUGGCUGCCGACGGCAGGAGGGUUACGGUGCCAUUUCAGUGACGGUUUGCCCCAGUGCAGGUUCAGCGUAUCUCCUUGAUGCACUCCAGAAGCCACUUAAAAGCACGGAGAACGCAGGGUCCCGUGGUUCCACGUCCAAGCUACCCUGGCUAUAGCAGAGACUCUUUCUCUCAGUCCUGCUGUGAGCGCUCUGGACUACAGCCAAGCUUUGAAUUGGACUGUGCUACAACAGAAACGUUGUUCUAACUUGCCAUCGGGGUGCUAUAUGCUAAGGAGGUUAUAGCUUGUAUCUCUGCUGUCACAAGGGACCAGGCCAGCGGUUGCUGCCUAUUUUGGUGCUGCGAGCCCCUCUGAAGUCUGGACUACAGCCUUCUGAAAUGGGGGAGGGGGGUGGUUUAUUGCCCCUAAGACAACUAUCACAAUACAUGCCUUUUUAAAAUUUUUUUCUGUUGCAAGUUGUGGUUUUGAAGCUGUUUCUAGACCUACUGGAUACAGUUGGCUAAGCUAGGACUUGAGGGCAGACUAGUACUGGUGGGCUGUGUUUAACUUUCCACCAAAUAAGAUGUUUCAGUCCUGCUUGUCUGUACUCCAAGACAGAAGUGAAUGUUGCUGCUCUGAUUUUGCAACUGUGUGGAGGAAUCACUGGGCUGGAAAGGCAGCCACACCAUAGGCUUUGCUUUUUUUUU